AUGCAACAUUUACAGAGAUUACUGUUACUGCUGCUUAUAGGCGGUGUACAUCACUCAAAACAAGGCUCCAAAACCGAUUUUCCUUCAAAUGACUACCAUACCACCAAUGGCUUUAUAUCAACAUUAUUGGCGGAUAUCUAUAGGGAAAGUCCCUACAACACCAUAGUGUUGUUUAUAUCACAUCCAGAAGAGGUUUUCACACAGGACAUAACAAAGAUACAUUUCCCUAAAAUGAUUAUGGGAAAAGGCCACACAGGGAACCUAAAACAAAGUUUCAAUUCAGAAAUUAUUUCCGUAAUUGUAAUGCCAAGAAGCUGGGAGCCAGAAUUGUUUAAAUCACUUGAGGACAGCUUGAAUUUUAUGUGGCAGACAAAAAUUCUUAUCAUUACUGAAUGGAAUGAAACACCACUUGGAAAUCUAUUCAAGAAGAAUAUUUUAAGAGCAAGCCAAAAAUUAAGAAUGACCAAAAUACUUUUGGCUUUUGUAGCAACAAAAGAAGGAAAAAUCAAUUCUCUAUACCAUCUCAACCCUUAUCCCAGAUACCAUUGGGUUUUGAGAACCCAUGUUCUAGAGCCCUUUUAUCCCCAGUACUGGCGUAAUAUGCAUCGGAAAUCCAUUAUUAUCUUUGUUGAGCAGUCUAUGCCUCGUGUUUUUCUCUUUUUGGAUAGCCAGGGUAAACUGCAAAUGAGUGGAACCUGGGCCAGGCUGACUCUUUUGUUUGCCGAACAUUUCAAUGCCUCGCUGGAAAUGUAUAACACCCCCGCAUUGGAUAAAUCAACAUUUUACACCCGAAUCGCUGCAUUGAUGGAACAAAAUCUCAUCGAUAUUCCCAUUACCUUUGAUAGUGGCAAUGAUGGCAAAUGGCAUUUGAAUUCAGCUCCAAUUGAGGUAAUAGUAGCCAGUUUAAUGGUACCUUGCCCAAUACCUUUCAACACUCGAGAGCUAUAUGCAAUGCUAUUGAAUGUUCAGUUCUUUAGCUUUAUUGCCAUAUCAUCGUUGAUAUUUUCCACUAUGCAUUCCCUCAUUGAAUGGAUUUUCGCAGGCCUAUUGGAUGUUUGGAGUUUUGCCAUAAAUGACAAAGCCUUACCCAGUGUCUUGGGACAAUCGUUCAUUGCCAGCAAGACGCCAAAUCUAAGCUUGAAGUUGCUAUAUCUGCUCAUGUUUCUUAAUGGCCUGGGUAUUAGCGUGGAAUUUGUGGUAAGAAUGAGAACGCUCUUCACCACCCCACCCUAUCAUAAACCCAUAGACAGCUACGAUGAACUUAAUAAAUCACCUUUGCUGAGUUUAGCCACCGAGAGCAUCUACACGGAGCCUGUUUAUCCCAUAAAAAAUAUGGUAAUUACAAACAACAGCACCUUCUUUCAAGAGCUUCGUCGAAGUUUCAAUACCUCCUAUGGCUAUUACAUGACCUCUAGUGUAUGGCAGACAUUCAAGCGACAACAGCAGGGUCUGACCGACAAGAUAUUUUGCCUCUACGAUAAUUUGACCAUUAAAUCCAGCUUUUCUUUUGCUAUACGCUUGCAAAAGGAUUCGGAAUACAAGGAGCCUUUGGAUUAUCUUAUACAUCGGGUACACGAGUUAGGUUUAAUGGAUGCCUGGCAAACUAGCACUUUUUCGGAUAUGCUUAAGACAAAGGAAAUCUCAUUGCUUAGAUCUACAGCUAGUAAUCGAGGACCCAAGGUUCUGCUGGUGGAAGAUUUAUGCUCACUUUGGACCAUAGCAGUCACAGGCUGGGCUUUAAGUGGAUUCGUGUUUCUAAUGGAGCUGGCAAUAGGUCAUAGAAAACAAAAUUUGUCUUUAGAUUAA